CGGAGGAAAUACAUUUUGCAUGAAAUAUCUUCCAUUCAUAAGAACCACAAGAUCUCUAGCAAACACAAUAUCUCGUGUUCUCCUUGUUUGGGUUCCUAAUCCCUGACAAAAUCUUCCCGUUGUCUUACGUUUUCUUAUGGCGACUAUUAAAAAUUCAAGAACAAGUUUACUUACGAUGUUUCUAAGUAACUAUGCAGAUGCCGAAACGAGUCAUUGGAGUCCAUGUCGGAAAAUCAAGUUAGUAGCUUUGGUGAGACGAAAUCCAAAGCUCAAGAAAUAUGCUUACCCAUGGAAUCGAGAUAGAAACGACAAUUACUUGCUAAUAAAAAUCCAGCAGAAUAAGACGAAUCAGGCAGUGGAAGUGAUUGAAUCCGAUAAUAAUGUCAGCUGCAAAGAUGGUUUCGAUGCUAUGUCAGCUGGAACAAAAGUACAACCUGAUCACCUUGUGAUCAUGGUCAAUGGGAUCAUUGGCAGUGCUGCAGAUUGGGGAUAUGCAGCUAAACAAUUUGUCAAGAGGCUUCCUGAUAAAGUUAUUGUUCACUGCAGUGAGUGCAAUUCAGCGACCUUGACUUUUGAUGGGGUAGACCGCAUGGGUGAAAGAUUGGCGGAAGAGGUCAUGGCAAUUACAAAACGUUGGCCUGAGGUGUCGAAGAUCUCCUUCGUAGCACAUUCAUUGGGUGGCCUAGUUGCACGAUAUGCUAUUGGGAGACUCUAUGAAAAUUUUCCUGUAAUUGGACUCUCAGGUUCUAAUGGGAAUGAUGCAAGCAAUUCCGAACAAUGCCAUGAACAGCUUUAUGAAGCUAGAAUUGCUGGUCUGCAACCAAUUAAUUUCAUAACAGUUGCAACUCCACAUCUUGGUUCUAGAGGACAUAGGCAGCUCCCAUUACUUUGUGGUCUUCCAUUUCUUGAAAGAAGCGCAUCUCAAACUGCACACUGGAUAGCUGGGAGAUCUGGAAAGCAUCUCUUCCUCACUGACAAUGAUGAUGGGGAAACUCCCCUCCUCCUUAGGAUGGUUAAUGACUCUAAGGACAUUAAAUUCAUCUCUGCUUUAGGAUCUUUCAAGCGGCGUGUCGCAUAUGCUAAUGCAAACUAUGACCACAUGGUUGGAUGGGGAACAUCAUCGAUUCGCCGUCAACAUGAACUUCCAAAUUCAAAUCUUCUUUCAGAGGAUGAGAAGUACCCACACAUCGUCUAUGUUGAGCAAGGUCAACAAGAAGCUGAUGAAGCGGUUCAAAAGGGGACGCCUUCUGUAGUUGCACCUGAGGAUUUUGAAGAGGAGAUGAUCAGAGGUCUUACUCAAAAACCUUGGGAACGUGUUGAUGUUAGCUUCCAUAAAAGUACACAACGAUAUAUUGCACAUAGUACCAUCCAGGUGAAGAGCUAUUGGUUAAACUCUGAUGGUGCAGACGUGGUUCUCCAUAUGAUAGAUAAUUUUCUUCUUUAGCAUAUCAUCAUGCUUAAAUUCUUUGUCUGAUCAGGUUGUAUAUAUUAUGCAAUCCUUCAAAUUGGGGAUGCUUACAUUCUUUAUACCCUAAAUUCAUUUUGUCCAUAAAUUGGAAUGGGAUGUUCUUCCUUCUCUCUCUUAAUUUAAUUAUUAUAUUUAAAACAA